AUGUAUGGUUACAGAGAUAAAAUGGUGUUUUGCAAACUUCAUCCUCACAAACGCUGUGAACAUUUUUGCGAAUUUCAUACAGUGUUGCUGUGCAGUAUUUGCCUUCGAGAAAAACAUCGUAACUGUAAAAUAUUAGAAGAUCACGAAUUUAAGUCCUUUUACGGGCAAAAAGUUCGUGACGCCGGGAAAGAAAUAGAAACCGAGAAACAUGCCCUACUGGAAAAUACAGAUGGCAUAGCGCAUGCGCUGGAAACUGGAAUAACGCGACUGGGCAGCUAUAGGAAAGAACUGGAUGAAGUUAUCAAUAGAAUGGCUGAUAUGAGGAAUGAAGUGGAUCAUCAAAGACAUGAAAUAAGAAACACAUCACAGGCAUUGAGUGACAUAGAAAGGUCUGUUUCUACUGCUAAUGAACUGAAGGACUGUAAAAAGUUGUUUGCUAGUGUUGACACGGAAAAGGAAAAAUUUGAACGUAGACAACAAAAGGUCUUACAGAUGCCUUCCCGGUUUAGGGACGACAUAACAAAUUCUAUAUCAAACCUGCAGAGGAAGUUAAAGAACAUAAGGAGCAGCUUGGCGACACAGUUGAACUCAGUCCAUCUAAAACAACAGUACGCUGGAUCUCCCAUACCAAAUAAAGACAAGUAUCAAAGCUUACCGUACUUUGAUAUCAGGGAAAAGAAUAUAAAUAAGCAUUCUAUCGACACUAGAUUUAUGUACUUGGAUAAAGGUGGGCGUGAUUCACGUAGAUCUGUGCUAGAUGAUGGAAGACAGAGCAGGCAGAGCAGACUGAAGUUAUCUCUAAAACUGCCACAACUUCUAUCAAGACCAUCGAGGCAUGAUCAACAAUUAGAUCAUGUUAUAAAUGUGUAA